AGCGAGUCAGUCCAUUUGUAUAUCUGCGAAAAGAUUGAAAACUACAUCUGGAAAAAUGCGAAGAAUGCGAUCGUCGAGUUAGCACACAAACAGAGACAGACAGUGCAGCAGACAAGUCGCGCAUAGCCUUGGGAAUAUAGCUGCAUUGAUUAUGAUCCAUGUGCCUGUUUACCUUGCUGAAUUAUUUAUUGAAAUUGCUCGACUUCUAACUCGCUGGCCGCUUAUCAUUGCAGCAGCCGCACGCACACGAGGCGAUUUUUGCAACGACUUUUUAUCCGUCUCUAUCUCGAAGUUAAUGCUCCGGACUUGGCCGUCUCAAGGCGCGCUUUAAUUAAUGAAGUACAUAUCCGCGCCAAAUUAAUGAUUCAACUAAUGUAAAGUCGCUCGCACCUGCGGCUUUUUUCUCAUACACACAGCUUUGAGGGGGAAAAAAUGAACCGAGCUACGAGCUGGUGGAAUAACGUUUCUCUCGCUGCGUGCAAAGUAGCUUCCUGUAAUUAAAAAAAAAGUACACCGCGAAGCCUCGAAAAAGCUCUUCUCGAUGCGUCUCAGCCGCGGAGACCUCGAGUGUCGCGCGCGCGCGCGCGCGCGAAAAAAGAGGAUCGAUAACAGGUUUCCCCGUCGACAAAAGGCCGUCAUAUAGUAGCGCUCGAGUCGAAUUGAGAAACCGCAUUUUCGCAUUUUUUUUUGCGACUCUCCCCCUCGUUAUCUCUCUCUCUCUUCUCUCUCCUUUAUACGUCCGAAGAAGAUUAGCACGAGGCGCUAUCGUCAUCGCUCGGUCCACCGGAGUCAUCGCGCUUAUCAAUUAUUCUUCUUUAAAUUUUUUCGCGCCGAUAAUCCAGACAGCCUCGCUCGCUCGCUUACAAUUUUUCCAAUAAUAUACUCGAGCCAAGCGGCUCUCCUUACGUAAGAGAGAGCUUAUCGAGAGAUCGGCGGAAAAGGAGUUGAAAUCUCGAUGCUGCUCUACACGUGUUGUGUGAAUUUCCGAGGAGAAAAAGGAAUCGGCGAAAAAGGAGUGAGCUGAAAUGCAAAGUUCAUAAGAGAGCGGGGAGGCGACGAACACAGCGUGGAAUUAAAGCUCCGCCGCACCAGCGCUGACGGCAGCAGUGGAAUUUUCCCAAAGAGCGGCGCGCUUUUACAGAGAUUUGCGGAACCGCCACCUGUUGCUGCUCGGAUAACGCCUGUACAGUAGAUAGAGGACGAAUAUACAUGUGUGCGUGUGAAGAAGAUCCCGAUAGACGAGAAUCGCAGCUACCCUAUGGAAUUGCACACACGCCCCUCGUCGUCGCCAGGCAAAAAGUCUCUCUCCGAGGCUCGACUGCGAGAAGAAGAAGAAGAAGAAGAAGAAGAAGAAGAAGAAGAAAGAAAAAAGAAGGAGAGUGGGACAAACUGGUUAACCUCUAUCCGGGGCGACUUCGUGGCAGCCAUACAUACAGAGAGCCAGCAGCGGAGGAGGGAAAAACGCAGCUAGCAGAGAGCGGAGGAGUAGGAGGGAAAGUCCAAAGAUAAGCGAACGCGCCUCUCUCUCUCCUCACGCGCGUCUUCGCUCGUGGCGCGACUACUUAUACUCAGUCGGUUACUCGCCGCGAACGAGGCACGUUCUCUCCUCGUAUUAUACCUCGAGACUCUUUGCUUAAACUCGUUUAUACUUAUGUCCAUGUGUGUGUAAAAUUUCUGUUGAUGUGUUAAGCAGCAGUAGCAGCAGCAGCAGCAGCAGCGGUCCGCGAGUGUGUGAGUGCGCGCUGAGAGAAAAUACAUCUAGUGCGCAGUUGUCGUCCGUGAUACUGGCAGCGUCAAGCCUCCAAUUGUUGGCCGGCGCCCGAGAGCAGGAGUACGAGCUUCGCCAGCUGAACGUCAAAAGCUUCGAGAACGAUUGGCUCUUUGGGAGAGAGCCGAUAAGAGGAGAGCAAGACGAAGAGAGUAGCGAAGAGGAAACUGCUAAGGCGGGACUAAGAAUCGACAGUCAACAGCCAGCGUCUCCAUGUUGGAGCGUGCUAAUGUUAUAUAAUAGCAUGCAGUUCGCAUAUCGCUACACGUGGAACAGAGAGAUCAUCGUGAAUUCGCAGAAGCUCGUCAAGAGACGCUGAGCAUCGACUCUGGAGCACCGGCUCGCAGCUGGCCCAUCGUCAGGAACUUUAUCGGCCGGCUCGUAGCACCUGCUACAAGCAGCAGAAACAAUUAUUGGACUACUACUACUACUCAUACUAACAGCGCCGCUACUCUUGUUGUUCUUGUUCUCUUCCUUCUUGUUCUCGUUGUUGUUGUUCUUGUUGUUCGUUUUGUUCUCGGGACUCGGGCGCCAGCGCGCUGUGAAAAGCAAGUUCAACGGACUACCGAACUGCAACGAACUUGUGCGCCGAAAUACCCUCUUUAAGUGACGGAUAUCGCUCUCGCUGCUCGUCAUGGCCGCUAUAUGCUACAAUGAAUCUUUCGCCGAUUGGUUGGAGGAGAAGAUCGACCUCCCGAUCUUCGAGGAGUUGCCGGCCCCAGAAUGCGGUCAGAACCGCGCCGUCGUUUACCCGAACAUCGUUAAGCCGCCUCCUCAAGGCCAGCAUGUCAUCAUUGGCCAACAUCAGCAGCAGCAGCAGCAGCAGCAGCAUCAGCAUCAGCAGCUUCUACAGGUCGAUGCCACCCAAAGCCUGUUGCGCGAGUUCGAGACGGUGUUGGGCGACGUGGAAGCCUGUCACCAGAUCAGCGCCUCCGGCGUCGUGUCCACUCUGACGCCCCCGCAAUCGCCACCGCCGAUCGUCAAGCAACACCUCGUCGUCGCGCCGCAGAACAACGCGCACCUGCUGGUCGCUCUGCAGCCCAUCCACCAAUCGGCCUUUGUCUAUGGUCAACGUCAUGAGGAAUCCGUGGCAAUCUCGCCAUCUGGCCACGUUCACCACCAGCAGCACCCCGAGAGCUACGCCGUUUCGAGCUUGGGCCUGAACGAGCCGAUCGAGCAACAGAUCGCCGAGCACUGGAGCGCCGAGAACCUGUCGCUGGUCCCACUGGUCCACGGCAGCGACGUCGCCCACGAACUUGCCAAGGUCGACGAGUACGUGCGCAGCUGCGCCGAAGACGUUAGCUACAACACCUCCUCCUCCUCGUCGGCCUCGUCAUCGGGCCCACCUUCACCCUGCGCCAGCUCAAACGCCAGCUGCAUCAGCAGCGAGGACUCGACCGAUGACCCCGACUGGGCAUACGAGCCGUCCACCAGCUCAGGCUCGCGUCGCGUCAGCCAGGGUCGCUCUGCCGGUCGUCGCUCUUCCAGCAAGCCCUACUCUCGCCCCAAUGUCGAGGACAAGCGCGUGCGUAAGAAGGAACAGAACAAGAACGCCGCCACCCGCUACCGACAGAAGAAGAAGCAGGAAAUCAAACUGAUACUGGGUGAAGAGCAGGAGCUUGCCGGCCGCAACGAUAAGCUGCAGGCACAGGUGAAAGAUCUACAGCGCGAGAUCGGAUAUCUCAAGGGCCUUAUGCGUGACCUCUUCAAGGCCAAGGGCUUGAUCAAAUAAAGAUUGGGUAUUCUCCGAAGCGCGCACACGUAUAGGUCGAACAGCGAGAAGCUUUGCCCACACACACGUCGCGUGCCACGGGAUUCGUUCUCUUCUUUUGAUUUUUUGUGCAUUCUCUAAGAUCGCUAACAGCUGUUUUGCUCGUCGAUAGAAAAACGUAGUACGAAACUCUGGUAGACUCGAUGUUAUCGAGAUCGUAGUGGAGGCGAGGGCUCGAGGUAUACAAUGAUGCAUUUUUCGGCACGCGCGUCGCUCGCUUGGCUCGGACCGAGUCCGCGGGUGACGGCUGGAUUCUGUUGAUUUUCGUUUUACCAUUGAUUGAGUCGGACUCGCGGAUUGUACAACUUUAUUCUCUCCACAGUUUGUUUUAUUAAUUAAUGUAAAUUGUUCGAGUUUAAUCGUGAAUGUACAAACUCCUACAAUUUUCAGUUGCAAUUGUCACCGUGUAGAAUCUAAAGUUUACGACAAAUAAUUAGAGGUUAGUGGAGCGCUCAACGAGAAUACCCAAUUCUUGCGGCAUAGAUUCGGAAUCAACUCGUUGAUCUUUAGUCUUUCUUUCCCUCUCUUUGUUUUUCUCUACUUUUUUAUAUCGUCUCUCUCUCUCUCUCUUUUUAUUUUAUACUUAUACCACCGAGAGAGAUUCUUACCUUUGUUUUUAUAUAUCGCUAUUAUUAUAUUCAACUUAAUUUUCUCUUCUCUCUUUUUUUUAUGUGUAACGCGUAUAACUUAACUUUAUAGAUUGUUUAAAUGUUAAAUGAAGUAACUAAUUACGUUGAGGUAAAAGUUUAUUAAAUUAGUCUUUAAAACGUAGUUUUAAUGUGUAAUCGUAUAUAGCAUUACCCCGACCUUGUGUUCGCGUAAAACUUGUGCACUAGCGAAUAAAAGAGCGACGACACUCGUCGCCUGUUGUCUCUCAAGAUUGCAGGAUAUCAACAACAAUAACUAUAUGUAAUAUCGUCGAAAUCGCAAUAUGUCCAACCGCCACCUUCCACGCAAGCGUUUGACCAUUCAGUGUGUAAAGCAAUCGUUUGUAAAUUCGAAAAAUGUAUACAAGAAAAAUUUGUAUGUCUUUUUAACAAACAAGCGACGUGCGUUAAUCAACGAGAAAAAUGAAUUUUUUUAUACCAAAAAGAUUUUUUUCUUCUGAUACUGCGAUGGAUUUUAAAACCGACAAACAUUGAUUUUUAAACUUAUUUGUAAUACGCUGAUUUCGGUGUCCGAGGACCAUCUCAGUAUGGCAACGUUGGCGGCCCGAGAGAGACUCGCAGCCUUAUGAUGUUCUCUCGUGGAACGGAAACCUGCUGCGUACUCGAACUCGUGGCUCAGCCGACGGUUCUGUCAGCACGGGUGAUCCUCGCGAUAGCCCAGCAAUAAGAUCAUUAUGAGGAAUUCAUUCCAGAUAUUUUCCUUUUUAUCAAUUGUAUACCUUUAACCCUGAUCAGUCUGUGCUUCGGUGUGCGUUCGACGGUUGCGCGCGCGAUUCUAAAGCGCGUGCACACGCGGACGUUCUCGCGGUACCGGCCGAUCCCAAGAGCAAGUGAAUAUGGGUUAUUCAAUUGUGUACCUUUUAACCCUGAUCUAUGUAUAUUGUAAUACAACGACUUUCUGUCGUGUGCACGCGCGUCCAAAGAAAAGGCGCGCGCGAAACCACGGGGAGAACUUGUAUCACGAUAAAAACUUAUGAGCAAAUAAAUAUGGGUUAUCAAAGUAGACAAAAAUAA